AGUGGUCUUUUAUAAUAAAUCCUUUCUCCUUUGGCAGUCAUAAAGAGACCUCCAAGUGGGAUUUCUGAUUUGCUGCUUCGAUGGGGAAGGGAACAGGGAGUUUCGGCAAGAGGAGGAACAAGACCCACACGCUCUGUGUGAGGUGCGGCCGUCGCAGCUUUCACCUUCAAAAGAGUCGGUGUUCUGCGUGCGCCUUCCCCGCUGCGCGCACCAGAAAAUAUAACUGGAGCGUUAAGGCCAUCAGGAGAAAGACUACCGGAACUGGAAGGAUGAGGUACCUGCGUCACGUGCCUCGCAGAUUUAAGAGCGGCUUUAGAGAGGGUACCGAGGCAACACCAAGGAAGAGGGGGGCGGCUUCCACUACCUGAGCUUUGAAAGGAAACAAUUUUUCUGGGUUAGUGAAUUAUAAUAGUUUAGGGUUUUGUGCUAUUUUUAAAUAACUUUUUUUUUCUGUCAUCUCAAUUUUAUUUAAUAUGUAAUGGAUUUUUAUUUCGGCAUUUGAUGGAUUUGAUAGCCCAGUGUUCAUUUGAUCAAUAUAGAUUACACUUUGAGAGAUAACCCCAUUAAGAAAUUUCAUGUAUUUAAUUUUAA